AAAAUUUACACUCACUAUCAAAAUAAUUUAAAUUUUCCAUCUCCCUUGCAUUAUUCUAGUAAUUUAGUUUCAGCUUCCAGUGUUGCUCCCACUACUAUUUCUUCUCACCAAAUACCCUCCAAUUAUCAAGUACUAAGUUCGCAGUCCCCUCAAAGUACUCAAUGCUCAAUUCAUUCUGCUUCACCUUCUCUUAACAUCCCAUUAUAUCCUGUUCAAAGUGCAUAUCCAUCCUUUACUAAUUCUUCUUAUUAUCACACGCCUGGUUUCGAUGAUAUAGACCUGCGUCAGCACAACCCAACGUUUACCUUAGACGAUACCUCGUCUCUUCCAAGUUUUCCCUCUGAAUUUUUAAGCAAGAACCCUCCUAGAACUUUUAUUCGCCCCACGCUAUCAUGUGUCCCUCCCACAAAAGCGAUGCUUCAGAAAAGUCAGCUUCAUUUUGGCUUGCAUGCUUCUCCUUUCCGUACCGAUAGAAGUAUACCACUUUUGUCCUGCGAGAUCGACCGCUGCAAAGAUUGUCGAGCGUAUAUCAAUAUGUUUGUGGCAGUAAGUGAGGGGGGAAGGCGUUGGCGCUGCAACAUGUGCCAAGCAGAAAACACACUUUCUGAGUCAAAUAAUUUAAUGAACCCUAGCGGCUCCUAUCAGCAUUGCGUUCCUCAGCAAUCAAUUGUUGAAUUCACCGCAACGAAACAGUAUCUCGUGCGUGAGACUCCCCAACCUGCUGUUCAUUUAUUCCUUAUUGAUGUAUCGGCUCACUCCGUAUCUUCUGGAAUGUUGGCGACUACCGUGAACGUUAUUAAAGAUCAUCUCUUUGCUAUCCCCGGCGGCUGUAAUAAGAGGCUCGCUUUCAUUACUUUUAAUGAUACCAUUCAUUUCUAUAACUUAAAGAACGACAGCGGCCAUCCAAAAAUACAAAUUGUUCCGGAAAUUUCAGACGCAUUUGUUCCCUCUUACGAAGGCUUUUUAGUUUCUCUUGAGGAAAGUGAAGAGGUGAUUGCUGAACUGCUAGAGUCGCUUCCUGCACUCUACAGAGAAACAAAUAUUACUAAAAGCUGCAUGGGCGCCGCACUAAAAGUCGCGUGUGAACUUAUGCAAUUAUCAGGCGGGCGCAUUAUGCUUUUUCUAAGUUGUUUGCCGAAUGCUGGCGAACCAGUUCUUCUUGAUAGAGAAGCUGCCGUGGAAAAGUCUACAAAAGAGGGCCCCAAUUACUUUCUCCCUGCGAGCGACUUUUUUACUGUUUUUCCAUCGGAAGUUUGCAGUAAAUUUCAAAUCGGAAUGGAUUUAUUCUUAUUUACUUCCCAGUAUAUUGAUGUUGCCAGUCUUUCCAAUCUCGCUAGAUAUAGUGGAGGCACGUGUUACUACUAUCGCGGUUUUGACGUGAAUAACUUUCCGGAAAUGACGGAGAAGUACAAAAAUGAGCUCAGCAAUGUGCUUUGCAGGGAAAUGGCGCUGGAGGCCGUUUUUCGCAUGCGCUGCUCAAAAGGAUUAAGCAUUGAAAACUACUGCGGAAACUUCUUCCGCCGCUCUUUUGACUUAUUGGUCAUUCCCUACGCCAAUCCGGACUUCUCUUAUUCCAUGGAUGUCCACGUGGAUGACGAUCUUUCCAGGUUGAGCUCCGUCGCGUUUCAGUCGGCCUUUCUUUACACGACUGCUACUGGAGAGCGAAGAAUCCGCGUUUGCACACUUUGCCUACCGGUGGCAAAGACUAUAGGAGACUUAUUCCGAUUCGCUGAUAGCGACUCCAUGAUUUGCUUUCUUGCCAAAAUAGCAUGUGAAAAAGUGCUUGAAGCGAAAAUCUCCAGCGUGAGAGAGGCUUUUUUUAGUAAAGUCAGAGACAUACUAGCGGCCUACAGCCAAGGCGUGAGAGGUUUGCCUAAAGGCCAAUAUGUACUUCCGAUGACUUUAUCGAACUUUGCUCUUUGCACGCUUGCUUUAAUGAAAAGCGUUUGUUUUGAUUUGCGAACUGCUUACAAACUCGACGAUAUUUCGUAUUACCUGCACUUGUUUAGGAUUUUUCCGGUGCCUCAACUAAUAAUGAGCAUUCGCCCGUGUUUAUUCGCUCUUCAUUAUUUACUGGAAGCUGAACAUAUUUUCCAGCCUUUGCCUCUUACUUUUAGGUCCAUUGAGGAGACCGGCAUUUAUUUGCUAUUUAACGGCUUUGAAAUUAUUGUUUUUGUUCUCGAAAAAGUUCCUGCUAUUUUACUUCAACAGUUAUUUGGCGCGAGAGAUUUUGCUUCUCUUUCAAGUUCCUAUCAUUCUAAAUUUUCGUGCACUUUUCCAACUUUGGAAAAUUUAAUAUCGCAAAAAGCACGUGCUCUUGUUUCUUAUCUUCAAGGCAUGUUUCCUAGUAUUUUCCCAUUGUUUUUUUUAGUAAAGUCUACUGACAGUAACUUUCGAUCGUUCGUUUCCAAGAACUUUAUUAUGGACAAAACUGAAACUAAUCCUUCCUAUGCAGAGUUUAUAGAUUUACUAUACAAGUGAACAUGCA